AAUGUGAGAUAGAAAAGAAUUUAUGUGUAUGUUCCAUAUUUCUUAUAGAAAAGCCAAACUCGCUUGAACUUUAGACACUAUUCUGAUUCUGUCCAUCCAUCCUUCAGAUUCUGUGAAGAACAAUGUUAAUGGCAACUCUUGGCUUGCAAGCAGUUCGUCCUCCUCCAUUAACGUCCACUUCCGACCCACCACCUCUUUUUGAUGGCACCACCAGGUUGUACAUCAGUUAUUCCUGUCCCUAUGCACAACGAGUAUGGAUAACUAGGAACUACAAGGGGCUUCAAGACAAGAUCAAAUUGGUCCCUAUUGAUCUUCAAGACAGGCCAGCUUGGUAUAAGGAGAAAGUCUACCCUGAAAAUAAGGUGCCAUCCUUGGAGCACAAUGGCAAGGUAUUGGGAGAAAGUCUUGAUUUGAUCAAAUAUGUAGAUGUCAACUUUGAAGGGACACCUUUGGUUCCCAGUGAUCCUGCCAAGAAAGAGUUUGGUGAGCACUUGAUAUCCCAUGUUGAUACAUUCAACAAAGACCUGAACUCUUCAUUGAAAGGAGAUCCUGUACAGCAAGCCAGUCCUUCUUUUGAAUACUUGGAGAAUGCUCUUGGUAAAUUUGAUGAUGGGCCAUUCUUGCUUGGUCAAUUCAGUUUGGUGGAUAUUGCCUAUAUUCCAUUUAUUGAAAGAUAUCAAAUUGUCUUUGCCGAGCUGUUCAAACAAGACAUCGCAGAAGGAAGGCCUAAACUUGCAGCAUGGAUUGAGGAGGUGAACAAGAUUGAUGCUUAUACACAGACAAAAAACGAUCCUCAAGAAAUCGCUGAUAAAUACAAGAAACGUUUACUGUCUCAACAGUGAUCCUUGGAUUGUUGCAGGCUUCCUCUAAGAUAUAUAGACUGUGGCAACAAAACGUCCUUUGCAUUCAUGGGAUGCAUCUCUUCAGUCAAAUAAUUAUGUUCACUUUUCAGCUUGCUUUUUUGGAUGACAUUAUAAUGUUUAUGUACUAGCUUGUGAUCGCUGAUCAUUAUGGUAUAGUUAUCCUACCAGUACUAUGUUAGUAUUUAGCUUUGAUAUCUCUCAAGUGUCCCUGACCUCAUACAUGUCAGCAAAGGUUUAUUGCAUGGAAAUUAUACAUGGUUGUGAAAAAAACGUUGUGCUGAAAGCAUUUUCUAAUUAUUAAUAGGCUUAACUGCAGAAGACGGGAACUUUUCUGGUA